CAAGUACAUCGUGUGUGCUAGCACAAGUCGCUUUGAAUUGGUCAAACAUACGAUUAAAAUCAUUUACACUAAUUUCCGUUGAAUUGAAGAUAAUGCGAGGCUAAAUACAGUGGUUGUCGAUGAUUUACUCUCAUUAUCUAAGUCGUUAAUUAGUUGGACGGUCUUGUGUCUUUGCUCUUCAAAAUGGGAUCGAAAAAAGUGGUGAUAAGUGCGAUGUGUUUAAUUUUAGUUUUAGGUAUAUCAUCCUGUUUAGCAGAUACUGACGAUAUUGAGGAUUGUGGAUCCGUGACUGGCCAAAUAGUCAAAGUAGAGCUGGCAGGUUGUGAAGGCGAAGAUCGAUGCCCAUUAAAACGAGGCACAAACGCAUCAAUGGUGGCGACGUUUAAAUCGAAUACCAACUCUAAAACCUUAAAGACCCUCGUCAUUGGUAAACUUGGUCUACUUAAACAAAAAUUUAAUUUGCCAAAUCCAAAUGCUUGUGAAAUGGGAGUGACGUGUCCAAUAAGCUCCGGAGAUACCUACACCUAUACCGUCAGCAUGCCUGUAAAAAAAAAUUAUCCCAGGGUAACAGUAGAUAUUGAGCUACAUUUAAUUGACGAAAAUGACAAAGACGUAAUUUGUGCUUUGAUACCAGCUAAGAUUGUAGCUUGAGCCAGAAAAUUCCCAUAGUUCCUCAAAAUGAAAAACGAUACAAGGAUACGAUCAGGAUAACUCUCUACACCUAGUCUAAAAUCCUUUUAAAGUUUCAAUGCUAACACAGUUCUAUAUUUUUUAAUUUUCACACCUUUUUGUAUUAUAUAUAUUUUAAAUAAGUAGAAAAAUAAUAUAUAUAGUUAUUUAAGACUUAAAAUUAAGAAUAACUGGUUGAUACAUUACAGGUAAUAUUUAAGUCAUAAUAUGUAGAAAUAGUAUUUUUUAAUGAAAAAUUAAUAGAAAGACAUGGUAAAUUAAUAUUAAUAGAUCCCAUUUCGUUACCAAAUAUGUAAUUAGGUAGCUGGUCAGGGUCACAUAGGCUAAAACUGAUGUUAGCAUUAAGAACUAAACAAAUCUAAGAAAGAAUAGUAAAAAUGAGAUUAAAAAUGAAAUGUUAUUUAGAGCGUUUAUGUACCUAUGUGGUUAAUAUAGUAGGAAUAAAAAAAUGUAUAGUUCGGAAUAUGAAGGAAAACUAAAAAAUAUAUCAGAGAAGCUGUGGUAGUAUAUUAAAAAAUCUAUUUGCCUUAAAACUAAUUAAACUGUGUAAUAAUAGCCUACAACUCUUAACGUAGUCUAAUAGUAGAAUGUAUAAUUAUAAAUUAAAAUUAAAUAAACGUUUUAUAGGAAA